AUGUUAUUCGUUCGUUCAGGUAGAAGAAGCAAACUUCGAGAAUUGUUUCGAAUCUUCGACAAAGACCACGACAACACCAUAAGUGGCACUGAGCUGGGCAAGAUGUUACGAUGUAUGGGCAUGGAGGUUACAGAUGUGGAAGUGUCCAAUAUCAUGAAGGCACUUGACAGAAAUGGUUGGUUAACUGUAUUUGACUCCAAUGAAGACGGGUUCAUCGAUGUAAACGAGUUGAAGAUGGCACUGCAGAACCUGGGAGAACCACUUUCAGAGAAAGAGCUUGAUGAUCUGAUGAAAGACGCCGACGUCACCGAGGAGGGCAAAGUUAAUUAUGAAG